CGUUGGCUGUCCUGUGUACUUGCACGCGCAGAGUGAGGAGCACAAGCUAACCUCUGUGCUGACCUCCACUGAAAAGUUCCACAGGUGAAGAAAAAGGACAUGGGGGACAGAUUUGUGGUAGUCCCCGUUGGCGGUGGAGGGACGGUCCCCGCACAGGGGGCUCACUUGGACGCGGUUGCCGCUGACCCGGGACUCGACACCGGCGGCAGCAGUAGCAGCAGCGCCGACACGGGGCAGGAAAAAGAGACGCUUGAAGACUCCGUGUUCGAACCCCUGGACCCCGGCGCUGCGGUGCCUAUCCUGGAGUACAACAGGGAGCCUAACAAGUACGGUGAUGGAGUCCCAAAGGAAAACAGUCCUUUUAUCAACAACACAGACGACAAAGGCAGCAGCUACGAUGGCACCAACAUGGCACUUUUUGAGGAGGAAAUGGACAGCAACCCCAUGGUGUCAUCCUUCCUCAGUAAACUCGCAAACUACACCAAUCUCUCACAGGGUGCACAAGAGCACGAGGAGGCUGAUGACGAUGAGGGGCCAAAGAAGAAGGCUGUUAAGAGCCCUCAGAUGGGGACGUUCAUGGGUGUCUACCUCCCAUGCCUCCAGAAUAUUCUGGGGGUCAUCCUGUUUCUGCGCCUUACGUGGAUUGUUGGCACUGCCGGCAUCUUGGAGUCCUUGGCUAUUGUCGGCUUAUGCUGCUCAUGUACCAUGCUGACAGCCAUAUCCAUGAGUGCAAUUGCUACUAAUGGUGUUGUUCCAGCUGGAGGCUCGUACUACAUGAUUUCCAGGUCUUUGGGUCCAGAGUUUGGUGGAGCUGUGGGUCUCUGUUUUUACCUGGGGACCACCUUUGCUGGCUCCAUGUACAUCCUGGGUACCAUUGAGAUUCUACUGACCUACAUGGUGCCUAAAGCAGCCAUCUUUGUGGCAGACAAGAAGGAGGACGAAUUGGAUGCCCUGCUGAACAACAUGCGUGUUUAUGGCACUUGUUGCCUAGCACUAAUGGCAGUAGUCGUGUUCGUUGGGGUCAAAUAUGUCAACAAGCUGGCACUGGUCUUCCUGGCUUGUGUUAUUCUCUCCAUCCUGGCCAUCUAUGCGGGAGUCAUCAAGACCAUCUUUGAUCCACCAUACUUUCCUGUCUGCAUGUUGGGGAAUCGUACCCUAAAGAACCACCAGUUUGACAAGUGUAAUAAGACUGAGGUUAUAGACAACAUGACGGUCACUACCCAGCUGUGGAACCUCUUCUGCGAUGGAUCUCAGCUCAAUGCCACAUGCAACGAGUAUUUUGUCAGCAACAAUUUGACCGAGUUGCAGGGCAUCCCUGGACUGAUCAGCGGAGUCAUUUCAGAAAAUAUGUGGUCAACAUACGGCCCUCUGGGUAUGUUGGUGGAAAAGAGCAACUUGCCAUCGGUUGAGGGUGGCGACCCAACCCAGGACAUCUACAUGCCCUAUGUAGUCAACGACAUCACCACCUUCUUCACACUGCUGGUCGGCAUCUACUUUCCCUCUGUCACCGGUAUCAUGGCUGGUUCAAACCGCUCAGGUGACUUGAGAGAUGCCCAGAAGUCCAUUCCCAUUGGGACCAUCCUCGCUAUCACUACCACUUCCAUCAUCUAUAUCACCUCCGUGGUUCUGUUUGGCGCCUGUAUUGAAGGAGUUUUGCUUCGAGAUAAAUAUGGCGAUUCUGUAAAGGGGAACCUUGUUAUAGGCACCCUGUCAUGGCCCUCUCCCUGGGUUAUUGUGAUUGGCUCGUUCUUCUCCUGCUGUGGGGCUGGUUUGCAGAGUUUGACCGGUGCCCCUCGCCUGCUGCAGGCUAUUGCACGAGAUGGCAUUGUACCCUUCCUACAGGUGUUUGGUCAUGGGAAAGCAAAUGGGGAACCUACCUGGGCUCUGCUGCUCACUGCUGGGAUCUGUGAGAUCGGCAUCCUCAUCGCUUCCCUGGACGCUGUGGCGCCCAUCCUGUCAAUGUUUUUCCUCAUGUGUUACCUUUUUGUGAAUCUUGCCUGUGCUGUUCAGACCCUGCUGCGAACGCCUAACUGGAGACCACGCUUUAAGUACUACCACUGGGCUCUGUCCUUCCUUGGAAUGAGCUUAUGUCUUGCUAUUAUGUUCAUCUCCUCCUGGUAUUAUGCUAUUGUUGCUAUGGUCAUCGCUGGCUGCAUCUACAAAUACAUUGAAUACCGAGGGGCAGAGAAGGAAUGGGGUGACGGUAUCAGAGGCCUCUCUCUUAAUGCUGCCCGCUAUGCCCUCAAUCGACUUGAGGAUGCUCCACCUCACACCAAGAACUGGAGGCCUCAGCUGUUGGUGCUUCUGAACGUGGACUCAGAUCAAGCAGUCAAACACCCUCGCCUGCUGUCCUUCACCACCCAGCUGAAGGCAGGGAAAGGCCUGACGAUAGUGGGGAAUGUUUUGCAGGGAACCUACCUCACUAAGGAGUCGGAGUCUAAGAAGGCUGAGCAGAACAUCAAGGCUGCAUUGUCUGCAGAGCGUACCAAAGGAUUCUGUCAUGUUGUAGUGUCUUCCAACCUUAGAGAUGGUGUCUCACACCUCAUCCAGUCUGCAGGCUUGGGAGGCAUGAAGCACAACACAGUCCUGAUGGCCUGGCCUGGAGCCUGGAAACAGUCCAAUGACCCACAGUCAUGGAGGAAUUUCAUAGAGACAAUCCGGGAGACCACAGCAGCCCAUCAGGCCUUACUUGUGGCUAAGAAUGUGGACAGUUUCCCCACCAACCAGGACCGCCUAGGAGAGGGUACUAUUGAUGUGUGGUGGGUGGUUCACGAUGGGGGCUUGCUGAUGCUGCUGCCCUUCCUGCUUCGACAGCACAAGGUGUGGAGGAAGUGUAAGAUGCGCAUCUUUACUGUAGCUCAGAUGGACGACAACAGCAUCCAAAUGAAGAAAGAUCUCCAGAUGUUCCUUUAUCACCUGCGACUGGAUGCAGAGGUGGAAGUUGUAGAGAUGCAUGACAAUGACAUCUCAGCCUUCACCUAUGAAAAGACACUGAUGAUGGAGCAGAGGUCACAGAUGCUGAAACAGAUGCACCUUUCCAGGACUGAGAGGGAGAGAGAGAUUCAGAGUAUCACUGACGAAUCGCGUAGCUCAAUCCGGAGGAAGAACCAGGGCCCUGCCGAGAACGCAAGCCUCAGCCGGCAGUCCUCAACGACGGAGGAUGCUCAGGAGGAUGAGGCCCAGCUCAUCCACGACAGAAACACAGCAUCUCACGCCACAAUAAACGAUAAGGUUGAUGCUGAACCCGAGCAGGUUCACAUGACCUGGACCAAGGACAAGCUCCUCACAGAGCGUAACCGUAACCGCGAGUGCAAUGCCAACGUUGCUGUACGUGACCUGUUUAACAUGAAGCCAGAGUGGGAGAGUCUGAACCAGACGAAUGUCCGUCGCAUGCACACUGCUGUCAAGCUGAACGAGGUGGUGGUCAACAAGUCACAGGGAGCUCAUCUGGUUCUGCUUAACAUGCCUGGACCACCGAGAAACAGAGGCGGAGAUGAAAACUACAUGGAGUUCCUUGAGGUUCUCCUCGAGGGUCUGAAUCGGGUCCUCCUGGUUCGAGGUGGUGGCCGUGAAGUCAUCACCAUCUACUCCUAAAAAUCCCCCCAAAACUUUCAUGGCCUAACCUGCACCCAACACUGGCACGUCGCCAUGGAAACCGCGCAGUGAGGAAGAAGCCUAAUUUUGGUUUUUAAUGAAGGGCAGGGGUUGUUGGCAGGCGGGACCACCUUAUGACUGACAGUUGACCUAAAAGACGUCAGGAUGAAGGAAAUCGUUGGCGCCGAAUAAGCCGAGCACAGCGUGCUUCCAGCUGGACCAGAAAACCCUUGCGCACAGAAGAUAGAGCAUAGAGACACUUUAUAUCUUUCAUUUACGUCUGACAACCUUGUUGUGUUCUGUUACAUUUUCACACUCUGUCCUCUUUGUGUCGAUGUCGUCAAGUUUAUGGCACUCACUGUGUAAAGACGAGCGGAGAAGAAGUGAAUGUGUUGAUAUGAGCUUUAUAGUCUUUGUUUUGUUUUGCUGGACCUGAGAAAAACAUGCACACAGAUUAAUGGAUUUAAGUUAAGAUGCACAAAGUGCAAAAAUGACCCUUUUGCUGUUUUCAGAGCUCCAUGUGGGGUGAUGUUUUCAUUGAAAUGUUGUCAGUCUGUUGAGAAGCUGCUGAACCGUUCUGUUUUAGACUGGAGAGCUUUGACGUUGCUGAAGGGUGGAGUCAUGUCUGCAGCUAAAUGAGUUGAUGGAAGGACCAGUUGGGAGGAUGCUGAACAAGCAUCUUAUCCCAGUUUAGUGAGUGGAAGCCUUUCAGAUCUCGGGUUCUGCAUUUUUGAUUUCCCACCCUCAAACUGUAGCUUUUAUCUUAAUAGGGAAAAGGCCAUAGCUAGAAGCAUGAAUGUGGACAUUUAUGGUGUCUAGAGAAACAACUGGUUGGGAACAAGAAACAUAUUAAUUUUUUUAAGAGCUGUUUGACGAUAGCUUAGUAAAUAAUUAGACUGGUUUGUAGGUUUUUGCACAGUUAAUCUAUAUUUUAGCCUCUCAAUUGUUUGAUUUUAGCAAUGUAUACAUUUAAGAUGUAAAAGCACAAAUUGACACAUGUAAAUUAGUGUAAUUGUACCCCCGUACUGACAGUUCCAGCACUGCUGACUUUGCACUACCAGUUUUCAGUCUGAAUUCAUUGUGUACUUUCCAUUUGGUAGCUCUAAUAUAUUCCUAACAGGAGAUACAAGGAUGCAGACCGCUUCAUACUUAAUUUAAUACCCAUGUUUCAAUGUUGGUCGUAGAACAUUUUACCGAUUUAAAAUUUAAACGGCUUUGAGUUUCAGACUGAGUAGAUUUUGGGGGGGGGGGGGCUGUUAAAAGUGCCAAAAUGACUUUAAUAGAAACUGUGGAAGUAUUUUGACUGCAGCUGAGACAUGGCCUACUGUAGCUGAUGUUUCUGGCCAUCUUUAAUCUUUAGAAACAAGCAUGAAGGUUUGUUUUUUUUUAUAUAAUGCAGGUCCCUCAUUUCUGCCAGGAAUAAAGAAAUGGAUAUGAUGAAACUAAUGGUGCACUAUCAAGGGCAUUUCAAGAGUAAGGACGAAAAAAGGAUCCCGCUCCUUCCUCGUGUGUACCUCCACAGUUUCUUUUCAAAAUUAGCCGCCGCAGUAUUCUGUAAAGCAGAAAGUUCCCUUUUCCUCCCACUGCCCUGCAGGGAAAAACUGGAACUUUUGAUUGUUGCUUAUGCUACCUGUGUGUUUUUGUUGUGUUCUGUUCAGUUGUUAAUGCCUGUGUUACUCUAUAAAUACAGUCAAAUAUGGUCUUUGUAGUGUUUGUUACAUUAUCGCUGAUCUUCUGUUACUUUUAACUGUUAAUUCGAGACGAGUUUUAUGACAUGAGGCAGAGGGGAGGAAGUUAUUUGUUUUAGUUUUUUUUUUUUUUUUUAUUGUUUGCAUUUUGUUUUAACCCACCAGAAACACUUUACGCUCAUCACACAGGGCAGUUAGUUACAGUGGCACCCUGGACGGAAAGCGUUAAGAAGAAGGGGUGAAGCCACGGGGGUGACAGGAGCAAAUGACUUCUGCUGCAUGCUACAUGAAGUAAUGUCACUGUUUCACUUUAGUUUUCAGUUUUAGGAGCCAAGGAUGAAUGACAAGACGAGUGAGCGUCAACUGUCAAGUUUUAGGAAGUCUGAAUGGCUGAAAAUUGUAAAGAUAAAUUAUUGAAGAUGUUCUUUUUUUUGUUGUUCUUGUUUAAUCUGGUCACUGAGCUGAGUAGCAGUAACAUAGCAUAAAGAAAACAGUCAACCCUUUAAACAAAAGAUGCUAUAUAAUAAAAAGAAAGUUUCCAUCAGCGGUGUGUGUGUGUGUGCGUGCGUGUUACACAGCUCUGUUUUGAGGUGACUGCAGAAUGUUAUCUACCUCAAGCUGUCGCUGAGGCUCGGCUGACUAAAGGAAGUCCAGUCCAAACGAAACUGUUUGACAAAUAUUAGGCGAAAAUUUCAGAAAGAGUAAAAGACCUCUGGCUAUGUGAGAGGAUGAGCAGAAUAAUAGGCACGUGUGAGCGUGUUUGUACUGUACAGCUGUCUUUCUGUGGACCAGUCUUUAGACUUACCAGAGUGAGAACACCUUUCACCCCUCUUUAAAGGGCUGUUUGAAGGUUAAGACUUGGGAUUAGGCACAGAGCAGUGAUAUUUAUUAUGUAGGACCAGGGAGUGACACAUUUAACUUAUUGUCCUCGCAAAACUAGUAAUGCAAAAGUGUGUAUUUUCCUGAUAUGGAGCUGUGUGUGUUUCUGCUGUUUUCCGGCUCCGCUGGCAGGCCUCACAGACUGGAACAGGAAGUUGCAUGUGGGUGCACGUAUAGAGGAAGGUAGCCCUAUAAAUUGUAUUUGUGCCUCUCUAAAUAAUAAUUAAAAGUGCUGAAACAAA